AUUGACUCGUGGUGCAAAGAGAAUAGCUACGUGAUAGCUGGAUAUUACCAGGCAAACGAACGCGUGAAAGAUGCCAGUCCAAACCAGGUUGCAGAAAAAGUGGCCUCCAGAAUCGCAGAGGGAUUUAACGACACAGCGCUCAUAAUGGUUGAUAACACCAAGUUUACGAUGGAGUGCGUAGAGCCGGCCAUUCACGUGUACGAGCUUCACGAGAACAAGUGGAGGUGCAAGGACCCGCACGUUGAUUUUUGUGAAGAUUGGACCGAAGCCCAGAGAAUCUCUGCCUCUCUCUUGGAUAGCAAGUCCUACGAGACACUUGUAGAUUUUGAUAAUCACUUGGAUGAUAUUCGGAACGACUGGACAAACCCAGAGAUCAACAAAGCUGUCCUCCACCUCUGUUAGAGGGGUUUCUACUGACUAAUUCACAGACAAUUCCCACUAUGUACUGAAGAGAGAAAAAUGCUAUUUUUGAAUGUAAAUAGAAUAAUAUUCAGUACCUUGUGUGGAAACCUGACUGAUUAAAAAGGAGUGGCACAUCAUAUUGCAGAGAGUGAUGUGUCUGUAAGCCCUUGAACCAUUUUUUUUGUGCAAUUCCUUUGGAAGAACCUC